ACAGCACACUGGUCUCAAGAAGACUACUAAACAAAUUGGAUAUAACUAUCGCGUCGUCAGUCGCAUUUUAUACACCCGUUCUGUACAAUUUGGAUAACGAAAUUCAGAACUGAACCAUGCCUGUGUCCAGAAUGCGUAUGCGACCCUGGCUGGAGAACAGGAUUGACUCUAAUGCGAUCUCUGGCCUGACGUGGGUGGACAAGGAACAGAAGAUGUUCUCAAUUCCUUGGAAGCAUGCCGCCCGUCACGGCUGGGAGAUGAGCAAAGACGCCUCUCUUUUCAUGGAGUGGGCCAUUCACACAGGUAAAUAUAAACCAGGAGUCACCAAACCUGACCCUAAAACCUGGAAGGCCAAUUUCCGCUGCGCCAUGAACUCACUGCCAGACAUCGUUGAAGUUAAGGACAAGAGCGUAAACAAAGGAUGUGGAGCCGUGCGAGUCUACCAAAUGCUCCCCAACUCUCCUCACCCAGCGAAGAAAGACAAGCGAUGCAAGACCAAAGACAGCAAGAAAAGGCUAAAGGCAGCAGCAGUGAAGAUGGAGGACAUGGAUGUAGAGGAAAUGCCGUCUCAGGACUCAAGCCUGCGAGUGGUGAGCAGUCCACAGGAGAACACAGUGGACAGCACUGAAAAAAUAGAAACAUUUGAAGUAUCUAACUGGUUUCCCGGCGGAGAAGUUCCCGAAGUAGACAGUACAAACGACCUCUAUCCCUCCUUCCAAGUCUCGCCACUACACGAAUCAGAUUUUGGAGAAGCAGCUAUCAUUGAGCUCUCAAAGCAAUUGGAGCGCGAGCCGUCACAGUGGCAUCCAAGCAGUAUCAAUGGAAGGGGUUUCCUGAGGAAUGAAACGGGCACAAGCACAGACUGUUAUCAGAGCCCAGCCAGCCAGUGGAGCGACUACUCAGGGGACGAACUUGAGUUUACCGCAGAAUACAGCAGUCUAGUUUCUUGCCUGGAGACAGAGCCUGCAGUCUACACAGAUCUUUGGAGCAGCUUUGCCAACACAAACCUCCAACAGAUCCCCUGUCCUCUCUGAAGCCAUGUGAAUCACACACACACACAGACAUUUCUUACCUCAGCCACCUGAAAUCCCACAAGACCUUCUCAUCAUCCAACCCAGACUCAACCUCCAACAAACCUGUCCUAUCAUCCAACCCAGACUCGACCUCCAACAAACCUGGCUUGUUCAUCUCAGAGCUGUCUAGACUAAUGAGAAAACACCUUCCAUUAGACACAGUGAAAAAUCUGCCCUUUAUUUCUGACAGACAUUGACUUUGUGCUGUGUUCACCUAGCCAUCAGUUCUGUGCUCUGUAGACUACUGCUGAAAUAUAU